AUGAAUGAGGAAGAGGUAAGUUCAAAUCGAGGCGAAAAACGUCAGCGAACAGCAUAUACUAGGAAUCAAGUACUGGAAUUGGAAAAAGAAUUUCAUUUCAAUAAGUAUUUGACUCGAAAGAGGCGCAUCGAAAUAGCUCAUUCGUUGAUGCUAACUGAACGACAAGUCAAAAUUUGGUUCCAAAAUCGUCGUAUGAAGCAUAAAAAGGAGAACAAAGACAAGCCAACGCCAACAGUACCAUUUCCAGCUGGUGCUCUUUCCUUCCAUCAUUUGGCCAGUUUCAAUCCGCGUAAUUUCCUUCUCACCAAUAAUUAUACAUGA